CUCUUCCCCUCCCAACCUACGUCAUAAUCGUACCAGAGACCAUAACCGUAUUCCUGGAUUAUCCGUUCGUUCGUCCGCGACCACAGACAGGGAUCAUAUGAUGUCCGACGGCCGGAACACCACCGUGUUUCUCCACUUCGAGCGACUGAUGAAGACCUACCUCCCUUCUCUCGAAGGGUUCGAUGAAGCCUUCCCCGAGGAGAAGAUUGCCGAGAUAUCCACUGCGUUGAAGACUGCCUACACAGCUCCAGGUGCACGAAAGCAAGAGACCGCGCCUGAGAAUGCCGCGCCCAAGAAAGGGUCUAAGGUCAAGGCUGAGAAGAUGAUCUCGAUGGCAUGGGCACAGAUAGAUAAGGACCACCGUCUCUGUCCUGGACACGUCUUGAACCUGUCAGAGGACAAUUCUGAAGGGACGGACGAUAAACGGUACAAGAUCGAUGGUUCCUUCAUCUCGGACGCCGACAAGGACUCCAUAGUGCCUGAUGUCCCGAACUGGGCUCUGCAGCGGCUUUCCGUCGAAUUUAAGCGCGGAGGUACUAGCCUCGAUGCCUUCGACGAUCAUCCAGGCAAGACAUUAGAGAACGAGGCGGAGAGUCGUCGCCUUGUGAGGGGACAGCUGAUGUCGUAUGCCGAACGCGUCUUCACAUACCAACACCGUACCGCGCUGUUCAUGAUCUUCGUGAACGGCCUCGAGUUCCGCGUUAUCCGAUGGGAUCGUUCCGGCUGCAUCGUCACCGAAGCUCUGAAUUACGUCGAGACAGCGGAAGACACAAAGCGACUCCUCCAGUUCCUCUACGCAUUCUCGAAGACGAGUCCGGAACAACAGGGCGUCGACACCACGGCGGUUCCUUUGUCGAAGGACUCGUGUGGUUGGAAGCGGAUGGAUGCCCUGUCUUUCGCACAUCUCCACGACGUUAACGAGACGGAGGGAGAGAUCGAUCCGUCCACCAUGCCCAACGAUUUCCUUGGCCCCGCUGACGAUCCUGGAAGAUCUCCUCUCUUCGAACGUAGGCUACUGCACGACGACCCCACUGCGACGUGCAAUCACCAGACCGAUCACCCACCCGACCCGCAACGCUCCGACUCGGACAUACGCCCUGUGUUUAAAUACGUCCGCACGCUCUUCCGCAAGUCGUUGCCCAAGGGCUGGCCUCGCUACAAGGUCGCCGUCGAUCGACGGGUCUACCUGAUUGGGAAGCCGAUCACGGACCCCUCCGGUCUGAUUGGUCGCGGCACGCGUGGGUACGUCGCUGUGGAGUGGGAGACUCAGCGCUUUGUCUUCCUGAAGGAUGCGUGGAGGCCACAUUAUGUGGACCUCGAAUACGAGGGCGACAUGCUUCAGAAGCUCAACGACGCCGGGGUCUCCUGUGUCCCUACUCUCAUCUGUCAUGGCCCCGUUGGGCAGCAAGAGACGGAGACGUCGGAGUAUUCGCCGAUCACUGGUCACAAGCGCUCCGACGCCGGCCGUCCUGAUGAUGACGACGCAGAGGUGAAUGCAAGCGGGCGACCGAUAGCACCCCUCUCCUCGAGGGCGAAGGGUACAGUUUCUGCGGGUGAGGCCAGGCCAACGUCAAGCAAGCCACGACGCGGAAAAACCAGCGAGCCUCAGAAGCCUCAGGACAACCGGGGUGGCAAAGGCACGAAACGCGUUCGGGAGGAAGCGGAAGUUUGUGAUGGCGUUGGCUUGCGUCAUAUGCAGCAUUAUAGAAUAGUAGUGACUGAGGUCUGUCUGGACGUGACGGCCUUCAGGUACGGAGAACAGCUGGCUCGCAUCAUUCUAGAUUGCAUUCAAGCCCACGGAGACGCAUACGAGAAAUGCGGUAUACUACACCGCGAUGUCAGCGCCGGGAAUAUCUUGAUCCUGCCCACGAUCAAGUCUGGAUGGAGUCUCUGGAAGGGAGUUCUGAGCGAUUGGGAACUGUCCAAACGCUUUCCCAGGGGUGGUGAGAAGCCCAAGGCUCGUCAGCCACAUCGAACUGGCACCUGGUACUUCAUGUCCAUCCGCUCUCUCGCACAUCCUCAUCGUCCACUUGGUAUCCCUGACGAACUCGAAUCCUUCCUUCACGUCAUCGUCUUCCUCGCCGUAUGCUAUGUACGUAGCAACUGCGAUCCGCUGGCGGUCCACAGCUUCGUGGAGGACUACUUUGACGGGGCUAUUCACCAAGGGGACAACCGGUAUACGUGCAGCAAGACUAAGGUCUCCACGAUCAAGGAGGCGAGGCUCUGUCACGGUGAUAUUGACAUUGCCUUUCUGGUUGGCUCAGAGACGCUCGAUGGGGAUAAGCAGCCACUCGAAGGCGAUGGGCAGCCUCGUCAUCCUCUCCGCGACUUGCUCGCCGACCUGCUCAGCCUCUUUCAAGCUCGUUACGCGGUCGAGGAGUGGGAAGCUCGCAUGGCCAGGGUGGUUUCUCAGGCGGAAGUAGCGAACACUACACCCCCACUGCCUUCGCUAGCGUCCAUUAUAUCUUCCGACUCGCAGUCACCUAGCACAGGACGCCGAAAGAUACGACCACCUGCUGCUAUUGCUCAUGACCAUAGGAAGCCGUCGGGAAACAAAUGGAAAUCCGUCGCGACGUCAUCCGCCCAACCCAGAAAGCCCAGCCAGGAGACGUUCAAGCAAUCGGAGAUGCUCGACAGCCAUAGCGCCGUACUGGAUAUGUUUAAGACGUAUUUGGACGAUUCUUCUUAUGCCUGGCCCCUUGACGAUAAGGUGGACAACCAACUUGCAGAAUACGAACCCCCCAACCCCUUCAAGAAGGCCAAGAAGGCUCGUCUCACGACGCAGACUGCAAUGCCCGCCAUUCGCGAAGUGGAUGAGCAGCCAGUCCGUGCCCACACUGGUUCCUGAAACGGUCCUGCCUGGAUGGUGGCUGUUUACGUGGAAAGCUCUGUCUUCC